GCGUGGCGUGCCGGCCCCUUCGUGUCCGCAGGGUUUCGGGAAGUGGGAUGCGCGCCCCGGCUUCUGCACUGGGCGGAAUCAAGAAUGCUUAAACUGGAUUUGCCAUUCAUCCUGCAACGUGUUUAAAACACCUCUGCACAAAACCUUAUGUCUGAGGAUGUGUGUCGUGUUCAUCACUGGGGAUCUGGAUAUCUGCUGAAGUCUUUGGUUUUAGUUCCUGUGGGCUGUGCAGCUGCACCUUGUCACAGUGUUAUUUCAUCAGCUUUGCAUCUCUCUCAUGAGGUAAAUGGCAGGACAGAAAGUGGUGUGAAAACUUUGAGAGGCACUGAGAAAUCCAAGAAUUUGUCUCUGGGUGAAGAAUGCAGACUAUAAAGUGCGUGGUUGUCGGAGAUGGUGCGGUGGGAAAAACUUGUCUCCUCAUCAGCUACACCACCAAUGCCUUCCCAGAAGAGUACAUCCCUACUGUGUUUGACAACUAUAGUGCCCAGAUGACCGUGGAUGGCCGGACAGUCAGCCUGAACCUCUGGGACACUGCGGGCCAGGAGGAGUACGACCGCCUGCGCACGCUCUCCUAUCCCCAAACUAACGUCUUCAUCAUCUGUUUCUCCAUUGGCAGCCCCUCUUCCUAUGCAAAUGUGAGGCACAAAUGGCACCCUGAAGUUUCUCACCACUGUCCAAAUGUCCCCAUCCUUUUAGUGGGCACGAAGAGAGACUUGAGAAGUGACCUGGAAACGGUUAAAAAGUUGAAAGAGCAGAGCUUGGCUCCCACUACCCCGCAGCAGGGGACUUCACUGGCUAAACAAAUUGGAGCAGUCAAAUAUUUGGAGUGCUCGGCAUUGAAUCAGGAGGGUGUUCGGGAGGUGUUUGCUGAAGCUGUCCGUGCAGUUCUGUAUCCUGUGACAAAGAAGAACACAAGAAAAUGUGUCUUAUUGUAGUUGCCUUGGUUGAUGCAUGUUGGAAGUUGACUAGAAUCUUGGAGGGCUUUUUAACGAGUUAAAUUGAAGAUUUGCAUCUUGCACUAACAGCUCUAAGCAGAAAUGGUUUAUACAAUGAAUAUUCUUGCAGUCUUACUGCUUCAGGGAAACUGAAACAGAACAGGUUUUUUUUCCAAUUGAGAGGUCAAAUACCUACUUUAUUUCUGAAGUUCCAGUCUCCAGCUUCUCCAGGGAUCACUUGAUUAUUUUAGUGGAGGAAAAUAAAAGAGGAGACUUCUUUGAAGCUACUUCUUUACUAGAUAGCCAUCAGUUACUAGGUUUGCUGAAAAGCAUAAAUUCUGAUAUAAUUUUGCUUUAAGUGUAGCUGCUGCUUUUCCCAUCCUUUAUUUACUGAUUGAAUUUGUUUUACAAACAGAAGUCUGGCUGUCCAGUUUUGUCAAUUUAGAGCUUGAAAACAAUUUGUUUACUUGCAAAAAUACCUGAACUAUUACUGAGAUUCACCUUACAGUGAACUGUGAUUGACUGUAUGAAGAGUUAGCAUUAGGCAUGGUUAAUGCAAUGAGCAAGACCAAGAUAAUACCUGCAAUGAUUUAUUAAUAGAAGCAGGAGCUGAUUUCUCCUUAUGUAAGGAACUUAAAAUAAUGAUGACUCACUCAAAUGAGUGAUUUUCAUAGUUUUGAGGUGGAGAAGUAGAAGAGUAGUUUAGAUUCAAGUCUUCCAUAAUCUUCUAAACUGAGAUUUUAUUUCACUGUCCAAAGAGACUUAGCACCCUGAGAAUAAAGUUUUAACAGUUACCUUCUCAGGCUGACUGAGGUAUUUGGGAUGACACUUCUCAAAAUGAGAUUUUCAGUGUAAUCCCUUUGAUGAAUCCCAGAGACUUGACAGCAGCCUGUUUGCUCUUGAGGAAUUAAUUGCUUCAGUUCCUGACAUUCUUGGGGCCAACAUCUGAGAUUUUUAUGGCAAAUUGCUUCUUUGUUUUUCUGUGAGAAGACUGACAGAAAAUUUGGAGGUUCUGUUUACAGGAACCCGUGCUUCUUCCUGUUUUCAGUUCAGUCUAUAAUGGUUAGCCAGUCACUGGAUAGGAUUACCUGGGCGGUUUUUUCCUCUCUUGGAUGCUCAGCUAUUAUAAACUCUUUUUAACUGAAAUUCUAUUUACAUACUUUUUAACCUUCUUUAGCAGCUCUAGUAAGUGGCAGCUGGCUUUUAUUUUCAGGAUGUGCACUGUUCUUUAUGUGUGGUUCCGGGACCAGCUGAGGAGUGAGCGCAUGAGCCCUUCCUUAGACUCAACCUUCCAGCUCCGUGGUAUGAAAGCAGCAUGCUUCAAAGAUACUUUGUGUGAAACCACUGGUGCUGGACUGGGCUUUGUUGUCUGAAGUUGACAGUGCUGUCUUUGUCUGGCUGCAGCCUCAAUUGGUCAUUCAGAACUUGCUUUUUCUUGUGAUUCCCACACAUGCAAAACUGCACUGGUGUAUACCCUGGUCAGAGAAAAAAGUGCCUCAUUUUAGCAAGAUAACAGAAAAUAUAUCAACAAGGUUUUUAGGGAUCUUGUGUUAAUUUGACCUUGUUUUAUGUGAUGCUGGCAAAAAUACCAGAUGGAUAGAAACAUUUGCAUUUGUGCCCUAAUUCCACUUUCUGGAUAGAAAUGUUGGUAUUUGUGCCCUAAUUCCACUAUUUGAAGAGGAUGUGCCUUUCUUCAGCUGGUGUAACUGAUGCUGACACUAACUGCAGUUUUUUUUAAUCUGAGAUGUGCUCAUUUUGGUGUUGCUUUAGCCAAUUGCAACCCAGAGAUUAUAAAUUGCAAUUAAUCCAAAUACUGGUACCUGUGGUUAAUGAGCCAACACAGAGUUCCAAACGCUGAGCACAGGCAGUACAAAAACACCCGUUCUGCAGGAUAUUUGCAGAAGCCUACAGACUCUGCACGUUUUCCUUCACCAAGUGCCAUUGCCUGGAGUGUCUCUUGCACUUGCAGAGGAAGUGCUGUUCCAGAUGUGGUUCCUGCCCUGGAGGCUGUGAGGGUGUAGAGAAUUCACUGAGAUAACCUCUACUUACCACAUUCUGCCUUUGCUUUAGCUGUAGGCCUUUAGUGUGGGCUGGACUUGCAGGCAGCAAUUAACUCCGUGCCUUGUAAUUCAAGAUUAUUUUCUGUAGGUAAAUUUCAGUAACUGAGUAAAUAGACUUUAUCAUGUUUAAAAUGUAUUUAUUUAAGCCAGUGCACAUGGUUUGUUUUAAUGCUGGUCAGACCUAAAUCAACUGACCCCAGUGCAAGCCCAUAACCUUUGCUUUAUUCAGAAAUGUACUUUUAAAAGUCUGUGAUAUGUUUGAACUAGUCUUAAGAGGUGCCUGAAAUUAAAAGUCUACUUUUUUUUUUUUCUACAUGUAUUUGCAGUUUUGUACUGAAGCUACUACUGUUUUUAAAAGUUUUUACUUAUUUACAUACUGAAAUCUUUUAAUCCUGCAUCUUUUUGUGGUUAUUCCUAACUGAAUUACAACCAUUUUGUGGAGAAGAAAUCUUGUGAGCAAGUAUUAUUGCACAACUCCUCCAUUUCUGUAGGCUCAAGCAGCCAUCCUGGAGUGAACUGGAAGAGAGUAUAGUGAGAUAAAAUUCAACUGCUUAAUCAAUUUAUUUGAUUUGGUUACACUGUUGAUUACAUUAUGCCAGAACACCUUAUCCCCACUUAGAUUAGGUAGUAAAUGGAUUGCACAACAGUGCUGAGGAGAAUAACAUGAUAGUGAUGAAAAUGAGCAGGGGGAACUUUGAACCAUCAAAGACUUUUUACUCACUUUGGAGAACCUGGUUAUUUAAAUGUUUUGUAUUUUUGUCACUCUCUGGCAGGAGUAAAAGUCCUGUCUAGUGGCUGCUUUCCUCCAGCCUCUGCUUUUUAUGAGGGCAAGCUUCAGGACAAAUCCAGUGAGCUUUUCCAUUCACUGGGCAUUCUCCUUUCGUGAUCCUCCUUCCUUUUUCCCCCCCCUGGAAUUCUUGGUGCCUUUUAUUGUAAGUAGUCCAGUGCUUCAGUUUACAAUCAGUUCUGUUUCUCCCAUGCUUUAUUUUUCUUCUGUGGGCAGUUGACAAAUACAGACUUCACAUAAUCCCAUGGCUGGAUUUUGUCUUGUUUUGGGAGGUCAGAAUAAUCAGUGUGGGUUUCCAGGUCCUUCGGUUUGUUACUGAAUAGAGAUGCAAUGUGUAUGUCUUAAUUCACAGAAGAGACUCACUGUGAAGACACAGAUUUUAACCUUUGCUUUGUGAAUGAUUUCUGAACUACUUGUUUUUGUUUUUUUUAAGACAGCUGAAGCUGAACAGUUCAGGAAUUGUGUGUCCAAAGGAUAUCCAUGAGGUGUUCUUAGAUGUGGAAGUGAUUUCUUCCGUUUACAGCUGUAGCUGUUUCUAUGAAAUUUAAACUAGAAGAACCUUCCUGUGCUUUGUCUCCGGGUGCUAGACCUCACUCUGUAGAAACCUUGGUGCUGCUUGGGCUGACCCCGAGAAGUGGAUGGAUCUCAGGGGAGGUCCUAACCCCCAGGGUGGGCAGAAAGGACCACUCAUCAGCAGUGGGAGCCCAAGACUCUGAAGUGUGGUACUGAUACAUACACUGGCAACUUGAUUUUAUGCUAUAAAAUAAUUUGUAUUACGUCUAACAGUUUUAAAGUAUUUUUUUCCUUUUUUUUUUUUAUAUAAAUUAUGCAUAAUUACAUUGUAAUAAACCUUUCCUCAUCUCUCUGGCUGUCGCAUUAACUCGCCCUGCCGUUUGUACCGCACCUGUGCUGAAGGCAGCUCUUUCCUGUGGAAAGCCAGACCCGGUUGCUCGAGGCAAUAAAGGAAUUUUUGGGAA